GGACAUUUCAAGGAAGAAAAAAGCAAAAAGGGCACAAAAACAACACAUAUUUUCUUGGACAAAAACAAAAUUCAACGUAUGACGUGUCACUAUAUGGUUGCUCCUUUUAUAUUCCACCUUCUAAAGGGUCUCAUUCCCACUUCACUUUUUUUUUAUAUCUAUCUAUCUAUUCACAUUUUCUCUUUAUCAUUCUCCUUCUUCUUCCUCUAACCUCACAAAAUUUCAUCUAAUCUUGUGGGUUUUCUUCAAUUUUUCUUCUUGGUUUGAGUUUUUUUUGUCUCUUUUGAGAUUUAGAUUUUGGUGCUUUUUGAAGAAAGUUUGGUUUUCUUAAGAGAAAAGCAAAUAUUUUCAUCACUAGAUUCUGAUUCCAUGGAGAUUCUGGGUCAAAAAGAAGAAAUGCAUUCUGUUGUACAUGUACACAAACUACUUGAUCAAUUUUCAUGUGGAAAUGACUAUGCUUUGAAGGUAAGGAAACCAUAUACUAUCACAAAGCAAAGAGAAAAAUGGACAGAUGAAGAACAUAAGAAGUUCCUUGAAGCUUUAAAGUUAUACGGCCGAGCAUGGCGAAAAAUCGAAGAACAUGUUGGCACAAAGACUGCUGUGCAGAUUCGAAGUCAUGCUCAGAAGUUUUUUUCUAAGAUCAAUCGAGACACUAAUGGAAACGAUACAACGAUGGUGGAGACAAUUGAAAUUCCGCCUCCAAGACCAAAGCGAAAGCCGAUUCAUCCUUAUCCACGUAAACUAGUUGAGAUCCCAAAGAAUGAAAUCAGCAACUUGGAACAGCCACUGAGGUCUAAUUCUCUUGUGUCGUUGGAUUUUGGUCAAGAAAACAACUCGCCUAAGUCGGUACUAUCUGCAGUUGCUUCAGAAACCCUCGGUUUCUCUGAUUCGGAUACUCCAACCGGAAGUUUGUCCCCUGUCUCAUCCAUUAGUGCUGUCCAUAAACAUAGCUUUCCGCUUCUUGAGUCCAAAUCAUCAUCAUCCGAGGAAGAUUUGUCACAACAAAUAGAUGAACUGAAUGCCGAUUCAGCUCAUGAUGAACAACCUCUAAUGAAACUGGAGCUUUUCUCUAAUGAGAGCGUCUUCACCAAAGACGACGAAGCAAUAGAAGAAUCGCCUUGUCGAACACUCAAACUUUUCGGAACAACUCUGCUAGUAAACGAUACUUGCAAACCUUCAUCUGCAUCAACGGAUGCAUCAAAACCUGUACCUUCCAUGCAUCUUACGCAACAACUUCAGCGUAGAUGUUCAGAUAUUAGUCUUGCAACCGUUGUUCCAUCCAUGCAUCUUACGCAACAACUUCAGCGUAGAUAUUCAGAUAUUGGUCUUGCAACCGUUUCUCCUUGGUGGACUGUUUGCGACAAUUCAGCCUUUAAGCCACCACACAACGAGCACGAGGGAGAAAAUUCACAUUCUAAUCACGGAGAAUGUGAAGAUAAAGACAUUCAAAAGGAACAAUCUUGUGUUGGUUCUAACACGAGUUCAAUAAAUGACGGAGAAAUCAAUGAAAGAGAAAGCCAGUGUUCACCGGUGAGACAUAAAACUUUGAUGAAAGGGUUUGUACCAUAUAAAAGAUGCAUGUCAGAAAGAGAAAGCCAUUGUUCAACAAUAACAGAUGAGAGGAGAGAACAUCAACGUAUGAGGCUUUCUUUAUAGCUCUCUCAAUGAGAUUUUCUUCAAAGCAGUUUCUAUUUUAUAGAUGUAAAUUGAAAUCACAUGAUAGAGCUGUUUAUAUUGCUGAGACAUGAUAUGGGAAAAGAGAGAAAUGGGAGCUGAAAUUUUGACAUCUCUACUGCAUUGGCAAUCUUCAAGAAAAGCUUGAUUUUUCUUACAUAUUGAGUUGCAUAACUUUUCCUUUUUUUGUACAAUGGCCAAGUGGCAGGUUUUUGUAUUUCUUCAAAUUCUUUCUCCUGCUAUCUACUGUGAAUUAUGCAGUUUUUGUUUUAGCUUAUGUCUGUUUUUUUUUCCUUCUUAUGUAUGCUUAUUGUCACUAAAGUGAAAGUGUAAGUUACAUGUGGAUAAAGACUUUAACUGUUCAA